UAUUGAUAAUUUUACCUCAUAAUGGAUUAGAAGUGCGAAAAUCCUUGAUGAGGAAAUUUCAAUGGCAGUGUUUGUAAUUUUCAAGGCGAUGACUAUGCAGUAGAAAGUAUGCAUUAUAAGAUAAAAACAGAAUUCUUACUAAAAGGAAUCUGUGAUUUAAAAUUUAAAACCUGAAUAUUUAAGUUCAUAUAAAUACAAUGUCCCAGAUAAAAAGUUUAUUCUGAAGUAUGGAACAGCUCUAAGUAUAAGGAUAAAAAUUAAAACCAAACAUGGGAAUUGCGACUAUUAUUUUUGCAAUCGGUAUCCUGGUAUGUGUUGUGGACCAGUGUUCGAGUACGGGUAUGUACUAUUGGCCUUAUCAGAAUAAUCACGGAAGCCUUUCCUAUCCAAUUCAGUACGGUUCAUUUGGUCCUUACUUAGCAAUACCUAUAAAAUGUUUAGAACAUAAUGGGCAAAAGGAGGACAGAGGAAGUUCUGAAGAUGAAAAUAAUGAAGAAGAAAAAGAAAAGGAAAAAGGAGAGAAUAAAGAAGAAUUAGAAGAAGAGAAGGAAAAAGAAGAGGAUGAAGAACCAGAAGAUAAUGAAAAAGAAAAGGAAGAGGAACCCGAAGAGGAAGAAAAGGAAAAGGAAGCCAAAGAAGAAGAAAAGGAACCAGAAGAAGAAGAAAAAGAAAAAGAAGAGGAGCCCGAAGAGGAAGAAAAUGGCGACGAGGAAGAAAAGGAUGAAGAGGAAGAAAAAGGAGAAAAGGAAGAAAAAGAAGAAAAGGAAAAAGAAGAAGAAAAGGAAGAAAAAGGAGAAAAGGAAGAGAAAGAAGAAGCAGAAGAUAAGGAAAAAGAGCCUGAAAGGAAAAAGGAACGAAAAUCAAAAGAAGAAGAGGACGAUGAAGAAGAGAAAGAAAAGGAAGACGAGGAUGAAAAAGAAGAGGAUGACGAGGAAGAGAAG